AUGCGGCAGUUCUUCGAACUUGGCCGACUUCUAACAUUGUAUAAUGUUUUCAUCGUUGUCCCAAUUGUCUAUGUGGUCGUCUGGUUGACCUAUACCCUAUUACUUACGCGCCAGCGCAAAAUUCCAGGCCCGUUUCUCGCCAAGAUAACAGGGCUAUGGGAAGUGAAGAAGGUAUUUGAUGGGGAUAUCCACAAGACAAUGAUUAAGCUGCACGAGCGAUACGGCCCCAUCGUCCGCAUUGCGCCAAAUCGCUAUGAUUUCAACACUCUAGACGCCGUCAAAACCAUCUACAGAAUUGGCGAUCAACUCCCAAAGUCAAAUUACUAUACUCCGUUUGGAUCGCCCCAUGGCAAGAACCUGCUCAAUACGCUCGACAACACGCAACAUGGCUCCAUGAAGAAGAAGUUCGCAUCGCUGUAUUCAAUGUCGACCCUGUUGUCUUACGAACCUGCCGUCGAUAGCCAGACAUUUGUCCUGCGGAAAAAGCUCGACGAAUUCGCCGCAUCUGGGGAAUUGGUGGAUAUUCCCACAUUCUUCCAAUACUAUGCUUUUGACGUGAUUGGAAUGCUUACUUUUGGAAGUUCCAUGAACCUGAUGAAGACCAAUGCAGACGCUCACGGUGCUUGUGCGGCGCUUGACUUAGCGUGGCGUUUCGCAUCUGUGAUGGGUCUCUUGCCGGGAUUAUUCUCAUCCCUAGAGACGUUGGUGAAGGUGUUCAGAUUGCCGAUUACUCUAGAUGGGCUGGAAAGUGUGGUUACAGAGCAUGUGAACCGGCACAUGGACAAAGCUGCGCAAGCCGAUGGAUCCAAGAAGGACGCAACAUUUCUGUCCAAGGUGCUUACAUUGCGCAAUGAAGGCAAAGUCGCCGACAAAGAGGUCCGAGUUUGCAUGGAGAUGAACAUCAGCGCAGGCUCAGACACAACCGGCAUCAGUUUGAGCGCCAUCAUGUACUACUUAUAUACUAACCCUAGCGUCCUGGAGCGACUUCGACACGAGCUUGACACUCGAUCAAAAGCGGGGCGACUGUCAGACAUGGCGACUUACCAGGAAACUCAGCAGAUACCAUAUCUGCAAGCUGUGAUUAAGGAGGUUCUGCGACUUCAUUCCGCUGUCGGCACGCAGCUGACACGCGUAGUCCCCAAAGGCGGCUGUGUGAUUGAAGGACAUUAUUUUCCUGAGGGUGCCGAAGUUGGUGUCAAUUCGUGGGCACUUCAUUAUAACAGCGAUAUUUUUAGCGACGUCCAUGCCUUCAGACCAGAGCGUUGGCUAGAAGGUGAUACGGCGAACAUUCGGUUGCCUGAAUCUUUUGCAUUCGGCCAGGGUGCUCGGUCCUGUGUCGGGAAAAACAUUAGCAUCCUAGAGAUGUCCAAAGUCAUUCCACAAGUUGUUCAGAACUUUGAUAUCGAUUUUUCCACCAGCACUGAAGCUUGGUCACACGAGUGUCGUUGGUUCGUAAAGCCAAAAUAUAAUGCUCGGUUAAGGCGCCGAGCAACCCCAAAGGAGUGA